AAAAUAUAAAUGGACCGUUCUCCAGCAAAACCGGGCUUAUUGACGUUCGUGACGUUAUUUGGAAAUUCCAGUUUAAAGGUUGACGUCAUCAACACAGUGCGUCAUCAACUUUUCAGAAACACGAGCUGGAGAGUUUGUUUUCCGAACAUUUUGGGCGGACCCCGAGUGCUACCCCAUGUGUCUCACAGAUGAGUGAUUACAGUGAUGAAGAGGAAAGUGAUUUCGAUGAACAUAUUGAGUUGGGCCGUGUAGCAGAUGUUGACCAAAGAGUAAGGCAGUAUCUGGAUAGUUUACCAGCUAGCCAUUCGGAUGAAAGCCAGAACAAGAAUCAGUAUGUGAUUGGAUAUUUCAUGUGGCGUGUCAUGACAGGAAGACACCAGGAGAUCGAAUACCAUAUGCAGAUUCCUGGCCAUGCACGCUGCCUUGUUGACAGUGGAUUUGCUUCUUUAAAGAAGCUUUACCGGCGCACCGAUUGUGAUUCCCUUGUUCAGUUGCAACACGUUGUUGAUAUGUCGUCUGCUACAAAUGAAGCUGUUCGAUAUCCUGCUUGGCAAUGGCGUGACUGGAAAUCGUUCUUGGGACCUGUUAUUAAACCAAUGCGUGGGAUAAGGAAGUACCAGUACUUCAAGAUGUCUUCUGACAAACCUGGUGUAGUAACUGUGAAAGAGAACAGAGACACAGAUGAAACGACUGUAAACGUGCUGCGGUCUCAGGAUCGUGUAUUUCCAGCAGACGACUUACCAACAGUUAUCCCUGCCCAUGGACUUACACGAGAACGCCAGGAUUACCUUUAUAAGACCGUCAGACCUUAUGUACGCCCAAUGCACCAGGAUAGCACGUGCCCAGCGCCUAGUGAUCAGUAGUUGUUUGACAUUUGUAGACACUUGAAUUGGAAUAUAUAUGAGCCGCGUCACGGAAAAAUGUGCCUUCGGGAAUCUUCGAGGCUUUGCGACCAGCGUGGACCCGGAUCAACAUGCGCAUCCGCGCAGUACGAUCAGGGCCCACACUGUUCGUUGUUACGCCAGAGAAGGCUUAUUCUACCUGAAGAUGCAAUUUUCAGGUGUAUUAGUGCUCAGAACAGCCUAAAUAAACACUUUCCGGAAAUCCACGAAGAUUCCCGAAGAUACAUUUUCCCGUGUCGGGGCUCAUAUGUACUGGUACGUCUUGACUAAAACGAUUAGUAACUAGUAAUUAUUUAAUUUUUGCUGUUAUAUUUACGUUGUUAUUAUAACAAUAUGUUUAAAUAUAAUGUUAAAUAAAUGUGAAACUAGACAGACAUUGUUUCUUGAAAGGGCAAAAUCGAUGAGACUCAAGAAUUUUAUAUACAAUUAAGUUUUACUCCCAUGUUUUGAAAGGGACUAACCCACACAUUUUUGACGAAAAUAUUUUUCUUUCAAAAAUCAGUAUGUGUUUAUUCUGAAAGUUGCUAGUGGCACAAACUAAUUGAGAUAUGAAUUUGUCAAAGAUGUCCUUAUGA